AUGCCUUCGAUAGAAGAUGAGCUGUUUCCGUCAACGCCGGGAAAAUUCAAAAUCGACCGGUCAAACCGUCAGCUCCACCGAUGUUUCGCGUCGACGAGCACCAUGUUCCUCUGGGCUCUCUUCCUCAUUGCUCUCACCGCCUCCUACUUGAGUUUCCAGAGCUUUGUCGACUCCGGCAGCCGUUACCUCACAGCCUCCUGGGGCGGGAUCCAGUGGGAGAAACAAGUCCGCACCUCCGCUCAGAUCCACCGCUCCGGCGGUAUCUCCGUCCUCGUCACCGGUGCGACCGGAUUCGUCGGCAGCCACGUGUCGCUCGCGCUGAGGAAACGCGGAGACGGAGUCGUCGGUCUCGACAAUUUCAACAACUACUACGAUCCUUCCCUCAAGCGCGCGAGGAGAUCUCUCCUCUCUUCCCGCGGGAUCUUCGUCGUCGAGGGAGACAUCAACGACGCCAAGCUAUUGGCUAAGCUCUUCGACGUCGUCGCUUUCACUCACGUGAUGCAUCUCGCCGCUCAAGCCGGAGUCAGAUACGCCUUGGAGAAUCCCCAAUCGUAUGUUCACAGCAACAUCGCCGGGCUCGUGAAUCUCCUCGAGACCUGCAAAGCGGCGAAUCCUCAGCCGGCGAUUGUCUGGGCUUCGUCUAGCUCCGUCUACGGGCUCAACGAGAAAGUCCCUUUCUCCGAAUCUGACCGGACCGAUCAACCGGCGAGUCUCUACGCGGCGACGAAGAAAGCCGGCGAGGAAAUCACCCACACUUACAACCACAUUUACGGUCUUGCCAUUACCGGUUUGAGAUUCUUCACGGUUUACGGACCCUGGGGUAGACCGGACAUGGCUUACUUCUCCUUCACCAGAAACAUCCUCCAAGGGAAACCGAUCACGAUCUACCGGGGCAAAAACCGGGUCGAUUUGGCCCGGGAUUUCACUUACAUCGACGAUAUAGUCAAAGGGUGUUUAGGAUCUCUGGAUUCGUCGGGUAAGAGUACCGGGUCGGGUGGGAAGAAACGAGGAGCCGCACCGUACCGGAUAUUCAACCUCGGGAACACGGCGCCGGUGACGGUUCCGAUAUUGGUGGAUAUAUUGGAGAAGCAUCUCAAGGUGAAAGCAAAGAGGAACUUCGUGGAGAUGCCUGGAAACGGCGACGUUCCGUUCACGCACGCGAAUAUUAGCUCCGCCCGAAACGAAUUCGGGUAUAAACCGACAACCGAUUUGGAAACCGGGUUGAAGAAGUUCGUUAGAUGGUAUCUUUCUUAUUACGGAUACAAUACUAAAGCCAAGCUUGUACAUUAA